UUAAAGAAAGAGAGGAGAGAGACUGAGAAAGAAGAGAUGGAUGAGUUAAAGCCCAGACCUGAAAAUUCCACACCAUUAACCCCGUUGGGAUUCCUAGAGAGAGCUGCAACAGUUUACGGCGACUGCACAUCGAUCAUCUAUAACUCUGUAACCUACAAUUGGUCGGAGACCCACCGGCGAUGCCUUCAGCUCGCUUCGUCCAUCCAAUCCAUCGGCAUUCGCCGGAGCGACGUCGUCUCCGUUCUCGCUCCAAACAUCCCGGCGAUGUACGAGCUCCACUUUGCGGUUCCCAUGGCAGGCGCCGUACUCAACACUAUUAACACCCGUCUCGACUCCCGCACCAUCUCCGUGCUCCUCCGUCACAGCGAAUCCAAACUCAUCUUCGUCGACUACCAGUCAUCGUCCCUGAUACUCGAAGCUCUCUGCCUCUUCCCACCGAAUUCUCCCCGUCCCUUACUCAUCCUCAUCAAUGAGGUCGGUCAAGUACUCGAAUCCCCGACGACGACCACCCUUGAUUUUAUCUCCACUUAUGAGGAUUUUGUGAACAAGGGUCGUCCGGACUUCGAGUGGGUUCGACCGGUUAGCGAGUGGGAUCCGAUUGUCCUAAACUAUACCUCCGGGACCACAUCGUUGCCGAAAGGUGUCGUCCAUUGCCACCGCGGGAUUUUCAUCAUGACCAUUAAUUGUUUAAUGGAUUGGGGCGUGAAGAAGCAGCCGGUUUACUUGUGGACACUGCCAAUGUUUCACGCCAACGGUUGGUGCUUCCCGUGGGGAAUUGCGGCGAUGGGCGGCGUUAACGUAUGCCUCCGUAAAUUCGAUGCAGUUUCCAUAUUCGAGGUAAUUCGUGUACACAACGUGACCCACAUGUGCGGUGCCCCGAUUGUACUCAACAUGUUGACAAACAGCCCAGAUGGGAAACCACUCAUAAACCCGGUUCAGAUUAUGACCGCCGGCGCACCCCCACCGGCAGCCGUGCUCUUGAAAACUGAGGCGUUAGGUUUUGUUGUCAGCCAUGGUUAUGGGCUGACGGAGACGGCUAGCAUAGUGGCUUCAUGCGCCUGGAAUCCAAACUGGGACAAACUAUCGCCUGAGAAGCGGGCUCGGAUGAAGGCGAGGCAGGGCGUUGGAACGUUGAUUAAUGUAGUUGAUGUGGUCGAUCCGGAAACCGGGAAGAGCGUGAACCGGGACGGGUCGACCCUUGGAGAGGUAGUUAUACGGGGCGGGUCUUUAAUGUUGGGUUAUUUGAAAGAUCCGGUCGGAACUUCCAAAUGCAUUAAGGAUGGUUGGUUUUACACGGGAGACGUUGCGGUGAUGGAUCCGGACGGGUAUUUAACGAUAAAAGACCGAUCGAAAGACGUGAUAAUAAGCGGGGGAGAGAAUAUUAGCAGCGUGGAGGUGGAGUCGGUUCUCUAUACGCACCCGGCGGUGAAAGAGGCUGCGGUUGUGGCGAGGGACGAUGAGUUUUGGGGGGAGACGCCGUGCGCUUUUGUGUGCCUGAAGGAGGGGAUAAAAGUGGGGACAUCGGAGAAAGAGUUGGUGGAAUAUUGCCGUGAAAGGUUGCCUCAUUUCAUGGCGCCGAAGACGGUGGUAUUCAUAAAGGAGCUGCCGAAAACUUCUACUGGAAAAAUUAAGAAGUUUGAGCUUAGAGAGCAGGCCAAAGCUAUGGGUCCAGGAAUUAAGAUGAGUGGUCCUUGACUUUACCAUAUCUUAUCCUUUGUCUUGAAAAAAAUGCACAUACUAGUUUGGAAUCGUGGUAUCCCUCUUGUUUCUACAUCUGUUGUUUGGAAACGCCAAUCACUAAUUGGUGGCUGGGAUCAGCUCCAGUUCAUCUCUAUGAUUUUGUUUAAUUGG